GGUGAAGCCAACCCAUACGGUGGUCAACUGCUGGUUCUGCAACCAGGAUACACUGGUGCCCUAUGGCAAUCGCAACUGCUGGGACUGCCCCCACUGCGAGCAGUACAACGGCUUCCAAGAGAAUGGAGACUACAACAAGCCAAUCCCAGCACAGUACAUGGAACACCUGAACCACGUGGUGAGCGGUGCACCUAGUCCCCGGGACCCCACACAGCCGCAGCAGUGGGUGAGCAGCCAGGUCCUGCUAUGUAGGAGGUGCAGCCACCACCAGACCACCAAGAUCAAGCAGCUGGCCGCUUUCACGCCACGUGAGGAGGGCCGGUAUGAUGAGGAGAUUGAGGUGUACCGCCACCACUUGGAGCAGAUGUACAAGCUGUGCCGCCCAUGCCAGGCAGCUGUUGAGUACUACAUCAAACACCAGAACCGUCAGCUGCGUGCCCUGCUGCUCAGCCACCAGUUCCGGCGCCGAGAGGUUGACCAGGCCCAUGGACAGAGCUUGAGCUCCUCGGCAAUGAGGGCCCUCUUCCAGGUCAUCCUGCUCCGUGCCCUGGCCUUCCUGGCUUGUGCCUUCUUGUUGUCCACUACACUGUAUGGCCCCAGUGAACCCUUCACCACAGGGGCUGUCCUGCCCCCGGCCCUACCUCCUGGGGGCAACAGCUCUGCUGCCUCAGACAACACUACUACUCAGGCCGAGGGCUGGCAGCAGCUACUGAGCUUGUUGCCAGCGCACACCACAGAGAAGCUACAUGAGGCCUGGGCCUUCGGACAGAGCCACCAGACCGGCAUUGUGGCAGGGGGCCUGCUUACCUGCCUGCUGGCCAUGAUACUGGCUGGCCGUAUCAGGCUCCGACGCAUCGAUGCCUUCUCCACCUGUCUCUGGGCCCUGCUGCUGGGGCUGCACCUGGCGGAACAGUAUCUGCAGGCUGCUUCACCCAGCUGGCUAGACACACUGAAGCUCAGCACCACAUCCCUGUGCUGUUUGGUGGGCUUCACCGCAGCUGUGGCUACAAGGAAAGCGACAGGUCCACGGAGGUUCCGGCCCCGCAGGUACUUCUCAGGAGACUCUGCCAGCCUUUUCCCCUCCAGCCCCAGCCUGGCCAUGCCCUGCCCAAGCAUCACGACCUCACCAGCGUCCCUGUUCAUACCUACCCCACCCGGCUUCCUGCCUCUUACUAAGCAACAGCUGUUCCGAUCUCCCCGGCGGGUGUCACCCUCCUCGCUGCCAGGCCGCCUCAACCGGGCCCUCUCACUGGGAACCAUACCUUCUCUGACCCGGACAGACUCAGGAUACCUGUUCAGCGGGAGUCGCCCACCAUCUCGGGUAUCUCCACCUGGGGAGGUUUCUCUUUCAGAUUACUUCUCUCUGCUGUCGAGCAGCUUUCCCGCUCCCCCUCUCGCUUCCCCAGCACCUUCGGUGGCCAGCUCCAUGGCCUCCAGCUCUGGCUCCCUGCGCCACCGCAGGCCCCUCAUCAGCCCUGCCCGGCUCAACCUGAAAGGGCAGAAACUGCUACUCUUCUCACCCCCGGGGGAAGCGCCCAAUACUCCCAGCAGCUCGGAAGAGCACUUGACACCCAAUGGCAGCCUCUUCAUUGAGCCUCCUCAGCUCCCCCAGAGGAAUUGCACACGGGACACCAAACACAACAUGGACAUGAGGUCCAUGCUGGCGAGAGACGGCGCCGCCUGCAGCAGCCACUCCAUCAAGAAAGAGGAUGACUCGUCACAGUCCUCCGCCUGCGUGGUUGACACCACCACCAAAGGGUGCUCGGAGGAGACUGCUCCCUGGAAAGCUCCUGUUGGCCCUUCUCUUGUCCGGGGCCUCCUGGCUGUGAGCCUGGCCAUCAAUGCCCUCUUCACCUCAGCCUAUCUGUACCAGAGCCUGCGCUGAUCUCCUUGAGUGCCCUCGGGAGGGCACUCUCCAGGUGCAUGCUGCUUCCACCACUGCCGCUCAGAUCCCUCCCUGAGGGGCUCUGUCUCCGCCUUGACACCAGGGCCCUUGACCCCCCUGGUUUGAGUCCCUGACCUCAGGAUACCUGCUGUCCCCCCCAACAGACUGCAGACAUCAGCUGUGUUUGGUGCUGACACUCUGACCCUGAAGCCAGGGAUCUCUGACAGCUGCAGCCAGGGCCAACCGGGCUGCCUCUGCCCUACUGCUGGCUAGUGAGUCACAUCUUCCUCUGCUCCGAGACACCAGAGGUCUGCCUCAGAGCCCCGCCAGAAACCCACAUGAAGAAGGCCCCUGAGAGAAGCCUGUGGAAACCUGAAUCACUUCAUCCUUGCACCCGCCCACUCCAGGGAGCAAGCCUCCCUGAAGCCCACCUUGCCCCUGACUGUUGGCUCCCACCAGGGCUGAGUAGGUGGGGAGCCUGGGGCUACAUUAAGUACCUGUGUUCUCUUUCCCUGACUCCUGACUCACACACCUGUUUUGUGACUUCGGUGACUCUCAGCAAGUAGCCCCGUUGCCCGGAGAGCACCAGCACCACCCGUGCCCAUUUGUCUAAGCCUCUCUCACGUCAUCCAGAGUCCUGGCCUGGCCUGUCAGUGCCAGGUGAGCCGCACAGUUCAGAUGAGACUCCCCACACCGAGACCCCUUUCUCCUUCAGUCCUGAGGCCCUACUAGUCUCUCCUUCAUCCUGCCCCCACCUCUGUCCCACUGACCUCUGACUCCAGCCACCUCAGCUGGUCUCCGUGCCCAACCACUGCCCUGUUGAGGACACUGCAGACUUGUGGAGCUCAUCUGUCCCAUGAGGAAGGAGGGACUUUGGCCUAACACUGGGCCUUUCCAUACUGUGUGGUGACAUGUGCCUGUGGGGUGAGUCCCAUCCCCCAACCCAGGCCUUGACCCCAGGAAUGUGUGUAUGUGUGUGUGAGUGUGUAUAUGUGUGUCUUUGUGUUACAUCACUUGGGAUUUAUUGUGGGGGAGGGGCAUGGGGCAGGGAAGGGUCUUCACUGUCAUUCAGGGAUAAAAUUUAACUUUAUUUUUCUACACAUUUUUUGCCAGGUGAGGCAUGUGCUUUGAAACAGAUGCCCCCAGCUCUCCCUGCCAGGAGGCUGCUUGUUAAGCUUGGGUGCUCUCUAGUGUUCUUUUCUUUCUUUUUUACUGUAGGGAAGGAGGCCUGACCUGACCUCCACACUCCUAUCCUAGGAGCUCUUGAUGACAUCCUGGGUUGUCUCACACCCCAGCAUGUGGGCAGUCAGGACAGUGUCAGGACUCCAUGAGUCCAGCUGCCACCAAAGGUUCCAGCUUGGGGGUGGCACUUGUAUAGUGUCUGCAUUUGUAUAGUGGGUGCAUCAAGUUUAAAUAUAUUUUUUUUCCCCCCGGCCUAAUGAAACCAAAUUGUUCCCCAGCAUCCUGUGUCCUGCCCUGAGAAAGCGCCUGGGAGAAGCUGUGGCCCCUCCCUCCCAGCAGGCCAGCCUGGCACUCUGUGCACCCACAAGGGGCUUCUAUUUACAUUUUGAUUCACACAUAAAACAUGUUAUUUUUCUUUACAAAAGCAAAAAAAAAAAAAAAAAAAAAAAAAAAAAAAAAAACCUGAAACAAAAAACCAUGCCAACCUUUGACUUGUACCAGGCUAUGCUUUCUUUCAUGGCUGUCUGGAAUCGCUUCCCGGAAGAAAAGCACCCAUCCCAGGGUGAGGUGCUAUGUAGCUCCUUGGUUCAGAGAAUCCAUGGAGCCCUGGUUCUUGAAGGAGUGAGCUAGGAGCCAAGCUGUCCUGCUGACUUAUGUGUGCCCAGACGCCUGUGAGCACAAGAAAUUGAUGGUGUGCAUGGAGAGUGUCACACACACCUCCCCUGCCUCAGGCUAAAGAGACCGUCUGGAGUCCUUUCUGUUGCUGUGACAGGCACCAUGACCAAAAAGCACAGGAGAGGGGAAAGGGUUUAUUUAGCAUAUCGUUCCAAUCACGACGAUAGCUUGAAAACGGGCUUGCAUUGCCAGUCCACAUAGCCAUUACCUCUGACCAAGGAACUCUGCGGAUGGAAUUGGGUGGAGACCAUGGGCAGAGCUGCCAGCUGACUGACAGUCUCAGCUUUAUACCAUUCAGGACCCCUGCCUAGGGACUGGUGCUCCCCCUAGUAGGCUGGGCUCUUGAGGCUACAUCAAUUAAAAAGGCAAUCCACAGAUAUGCCCACAUUUGAGUCUCAUCUAUGGAUUUCCUCAAUUGAAAUUCUUUCCAGAUUAAUUCUAGGCUGUCAAAUAGACAGAGCUAACCAAGACCACCGGCCAGCAAAUGGCUCAUUAGCCCUGUGGAUCUCCUGGCCACUGAGCUCAGAACCUGCUGGCACAGAGUGGAGCAGUGCCUAAAUUCUGCCCUGACAACCCUUAAAAAGCCCGUGCCCUUUCCUGUCUCUCCCACCAGACCCAUUUCGCAUUCCCAGUGAGAUCAAGCAUUUACUGUGGCCACUUGAUUAUUUCUGAGCUGGGCCUGUGGUGGUUUUAAUCAGACAAAGCCUGUCCUGGCUAAAUAUCGGAGGCCUUCCCUAAAGCAGCCUGCAUCUUACCCCUUACUGUGCUGGAGCCUGUGGCCCCACCUUCACCAAGGCUGUUUCCUCCUGUCUCGAAAUUCCUGUCCUGAUUGCUACCCUCUGCCUUUUGAAGGUGUAUUAUACAGUUCCUGGAGCCCAGAGUGGAAGGGGAUAACUGACUCCACCAAGUUGCCCCCUGACCUCCACUUGUGUGUGGUGGCUUACUUACACCCAGACACAAAAUAGUGUUAAAAAAUUCAAGGGCCAGUGAAAUGGCUCAGUGAGUAAAGGGGCUUGCCACCAAGCUUGGCAGUUUGAAUUUGAUCCUGGAACUCACACGAUAGAAGCUGCAAGGUAACCUCCACCCAUGAGUGUGUAUGCUCUAGCAACAAAGUUUUUUAAAUUUAA